AUGACAAAUCGUGAAAAAGCUUCCAACACGCCGGAGAGCGACAGCAUCCGCAUGCAAAAGCUGAACAGUCAUGGGUCCGUCGAUAGCCUCGACAAGGUCUCACUGCCAGGCAGCGGCUACGAUUUCCACGAGGGCGAGCCCCGUACUAUGUUCCAGCGGUUCAAGCACUCGUUCAAGAAAGCGGACGAGUCCACCACGCGCCACGACGCCGAAUUUGGCACCGAUGUGGCCCAUCAACCUGAAAAUAAGCUCAAACAGACCAUCAAAGCCAGACACGUUUUCAUGAUUUCGCUCGGGACCGGUAUCGGAACCGGGAUGCUGGUGGGUAACGGUAAGGCCCUUCACAACGGUGGGCCGGCCGGUUUAGCAAUCGGCUACGCAAUCAUGGGUUCUUGUCUGUACUGUAUCAUCCAGGCUGCCGGUGAGCUUGCCGUCACUUACAGUUCUCUGACCGGUAAUUUCAAUUCAUACCCAUCGCUUCUGGUGGAGCGCGCGUUUGGGUUCUCCAUCGCCUGGGUCUACUGUUUGCAAUGGCUUUGUGUUUUCCCACUAGAAUUGGUCACUGCUUCGAUCACCAUCAAAUACUGGACGACUAGUGUCAACCCGGACAUUUUUGUUGCGAUCUUCUACGUUUUAACAAUCCUGGUAAACCUUUUUGGUGCCCGUGGGUAUGCAGAAGCUGAAUUUUUCUUCAACGUAUGUAAAGUUCUCAUGAUCGCUGGGUUCUUCAUUCUGGGAAUUGUCAUCAACAGUGGUGGUGCUGGUAAUGAUGGAUACAUUGGCGGCCGUUACUGGCGUGAUCCAGGUGCGUUUUACGGUACCAAGCCUAUCCACCAUUUCAAAGGCAUCAUCGCCACUAUGGUCACGGCGGCCUUCGCAUUCGGUGCCACUGAGUUCAUCGCCCUAACUGCGGCUGAGCAAGCCAACCCAAGGCGCGCCAUUCCCUCUGCCGCUAAGAAAGUUCUCUACAGAAUCUUACUCAUCUUUUUAGCCCCCAUCAUCCUGAUUGGAUUUUUGGUUCCAUACACUUCUGACGAACUUAUGGGUUCUGGUAGUUCAGCAACUCACGCCUCUCCAUAUGUCAUUGCUAUUGCCUCGCAUGGUGUUAGAAUUGUGCCACAUUUCAUCAACGCUGUCAUUUUGCUGUCGGUUUUGUCGGUAGGUAAUUCUGCAUUUUAUUCCAGCUCUCGUCUACUGUUGUCUCUCGCCGACCAGGGCUAUGCUCCAUCUUUGUUCAAGUACGUGGAUCGUGAAGGUAGACCAAUCAAGGCAAUGGCCGUCUCUGCUAUAUUUGGUUUGAUUUCAUUUGUCGCUGCUUCGCCAAAAGAAGAGACUGUCUUCACUUGGCUACUAGCCAUUUCCGGUCUCUCCCAGUUGUUCACUUGGAUUUCUAUUUGCGUUUCUCAUAUUCGCUUCAGAUAUGCGUUGAAAGUCCAGGGAAGAUCAGUUGGAGAAUUGGGAUAUAAAUCUCAAACUGGUAUAGCAGGGUCAUACUACGCCACCGUGAUCAUGUUUUGCAUCUUGAUCGGUCAAUUUUGGGUUGCCAUUGCCCCCAUCAGUAGCGCUGAAUUGGACGCCAACAAUUUCUUCGAGAACUACUUGGCGCUUCCAAUUUUGAUUGUGCUAUAUUUUGGAUAUAAGAUCUGGUCCCGCGAUUGGAGACUAUACAUUCCUGCUAAGGAGAUCGAUUUAAUCAGCCACAGAAAAGUAUUCGACGAGGAAUUGAUCAAACAGGAAGACGCCGAGUACCAGCAGAAUAUAAGAAGUGCUGGAAUGUUGAGUAGGAUUGGGCACUAUUGGUGUUGA